CCGAGUUCGCCAUUGGGUCGCGUGGACCUUGGCGGCUGCCAAAGCUUCAGGGUCUCAAUGCUGCAGGGGUCGCGGUCUAGCGCGUGGUUUUCACCAUUUUAUUGCCCCUCUCCACCGCUUCCUCCGCACUUCGACGCCGCCCUCUUGGUUUCCUACGCCUCCAAAUCCCACAAGAUGAGCACAACCGAAACCCUCACCCAGCCCGCGGUGGUCACGCAACCGAUUACUGUCGCGCAUCCCGCCAUCACCGCUGAGAACGUUCAACAACUGUUCCCCGAAGUCAACACCACAGUAAUUGGCGGCUCGCACGCUUCAGCCACCAGCGACAAUGCGCUCGACGGCUACAACGAGGAGCAGAUCCGGUUGAUGGACGAGGUUUGCAUCGUGCUGGACGAAAAUGACUUCCCGAUCGGCAGUGCGACCAAGAAGUAUGCCCAUCUCAUGGAGAACAUCAACAAGGGACUGCUCCAUCGUGCUUUCUCCGUCUUCCUUUUCGACUCUCAAAACCGAUUGCUCCUCCAGCAGCGCGCGACCGAGAAGAUCACCUUCCCCGACAUGUGGACGAACACUUGCUGCUCACACCCUUUGGGCAUUCCGGGAGAGACUGGCUCAAAUCUAGAGGAAUCGAUAGAAGGAGUGCGCCGCGCGGCGCAGCGCAAGCUGGAUCAAGAGCUCGGCAUCAAGGCGGCACAGGUGCCAAUUGACGAUUUCCGAUUCCUUACCAGAAUACACUAUGUUUCGCCAAGCGAUGGGAAAUGGGGAGAGCACGAGAUUGACUACAUCCUGUUCAUCAAAGCCGACGUCGACUUGGACAUCAACCCCAACGAGGUGCGCGACUCACGUUACGUUUCCCAGGAAGAUCUGAAGACCAUGUUCAAGGACCCCUCGCUCAAGUUUACACCGUGGUUCAAACUCAUUUGCGAGAGCAUGCUGUACGAGUGGUGGGACCACCUCGACUCCGGCCUAGAGAAGUACUUAGGCGAGCAGGAGAUUCGAAGAAUGUUGUAGUUCCGUAAAUAUACAUCAUGUCCUCAGAGCAGCGAGAGCGAUGUCUCUGACAUGGCGGUGAAGAGAGAAGCGGAAGGGGCUGAGAGCUAGCAAGUGGGGAGUUGUUCUGAUUGGAUUGGAGACGUGCGGCGGCUCCCGGUGUGCAAUGCGAAACGCAGGCAUGGCCGAGGCAGAUAACAGAUACCACUGGCGAAUUGAAUGCAUAAACAGGUCAAGUGACCAUUCCCCACG